AUGGGUCGACAAACGUCAUACGAUGCUAUGAACAACUUUUGUAAGUGCAUCAUUCAAUUGUAUCACGAUGAGUAUAUGAGAAAACCGACCCAAGAAGAUGUUAAUCGAGUGACUACGAAGCAUUUGGAGGUGCAUGGUUUCCUGGGUAUGCUCGGCAGCGUUGAUUGUAUACACUGGCCAUGGAGAAACUGCCCCACCGCAUGGCAAGGCCAAUACACUCGUGGCGACAAAGGACACCCAACAAACAUGCUUGAAGCUGUUGCUUCAUAUGAUUUUUGGAUUUGGAAUGCUUACUUUGGACCAGCCGGUUCGAACAACGACAGAAACGUACUCAAUGAAUCUGACUUGUUCGACCAGCUCCUUGAAGAUAGAGCUCCUGUCGUCAACUUUACCGCUAACGGCGAGCAGUUUACAAAGGGGUAUCAUCUAGCCGACAGUAUUUAUCCUGAAUGGUCUACACUCGUGAAGUCUUUCAAGUGUCCCAUAGACCCCAAGACGACAAAGUUUAAGCGCUAUCAAGAAGCUGCAAGGAAAGACGUAGAACAUGCAUUCGGGGUGCUUCAAGGUCGUUUCCAUAUCCUCACUGACGGAGCGCGUCCAUUGAGCAUCAACAAAAUUUAA